AUGCGCAAGGCUCUGCUCUUUAUCCCCUUGCUUAUCAGCGCAGCCUCAUCCGGCUGGUUCAAUGAUAUUUUCAAAGGCCUCUUUAAUUCCGACAAACCAACGGUCAAAAGACUCGUCAACGCCCUUCCCAGAGCCCUCCUCCACGAACUCGAAAACGAUAAACAACAAGCCGGCCAAUUCAUCUGCGAGAUCCUAGCCGGCAACAUCCCUGGCGCUUUCGAAAACCUCGUCGCGGACCUCACCUCCGACGUGGUGGAUGAUAUUCAAGAAGGUGUCGACGACAUCACCUCCUUCGUCAAAGCGCUCCCCACACUAGCCCCCGAAAUACUUGACUACAUAAUCUCCGACGGCAAAGACGUCGUCUCCGUCGUCGAGGAACUAUUUAUCGAUCCUGAAGGCGUAAUAACGCUCAUCGAAAACGGCGGCAAAACCGUUAUCUCCGACAUCGAGUCGGUAGCUACCAGUCUCUGGCAUGGAUUUACCUGUCUUUUUAAACCGAAGAAGGAUUGCAGCACCAGUGCAGCCGAUUCUGCUGCUACGCUUUCUAACUCGUGUGGUGUGAUUAUGGCGGCGGCGACGACGACGUGGAGUCCGGCUGCGAGUAGCAGUACGUACACUCCUGCUCAGCCUACAGCUGCGGCAUCGAGUUCUAUGGCGGUGCAGAUGAGUACGACGGAGCAGGCUGCGCAGAGCACUAGAUACACAUAUACACAGGAAGUCGAGCCUGCAGCGACGACAAGUUUGGUUGCGGCGCAGGCUACGGCUGAGUUUGUUAAGUUGAGGGACCUCCGGAUGGGCUCCGGUAAGAUUGAUAGCCGUUAA